AUGGCUGCUCAUUAUGAUAUUCUAGCAUGGUUAGAUACUAUACCGUUGUCGCGUCCCGUUCGUGCUUUAGACACCGAUUUUUCUGACGGUACACUGGUGGCAGAAAUUAUUUGGUAUUUUUUCCCGGAAUAUGUUGAUAUUAACAUUUUCAAUCCGGCAAGAAAUAUGUCACAACGUACAAAAAAUUGGCGUCUAUUAAAUUCUGAUAUCUUGCCGAAAUUAUCAUUGUACGCUCCAGGUACUGUUGUCCACGAUAUUACUAAUGGUGAUCUACGAGCUAUCGAAUUAUUCAUGCUACAUUUACGAGAAAAAAUUGAAGAACAUUUGCUACGCACUGGUAGAAAAUCUCGAUUACAAUGGGAGACAUGGCGUUCGUACAAUACUGAACGACUUGCGUUACCCAUGAUUGUUCCGCGUACAGCGCACCAUUUACCUGCUGUUUCACGUUUUCAUCCUCGUGAUUAUGUGGGUGCCACAGGCAUGUACGGUGAUUAUGAUGAUUUGCGUAUUGCUUUACGAGUGAAACAUGAUGAAUUAGAAAUGUUACGAAAUAAACUGAAAUGCUAUGAAAAAAUCAUACAAAGAAAAGAUCUUCGUAUUCAAGAAUUAGAAAGCAAAUUUGAUAAAACUAAAUCCAAACGAGCUGAUCAUUAG